GACAAAAGUUACCAGGAAAGGCAGAGCCUUGUUUUCAUGGUGGCUUUGGGCCCAAGCAACUUCCUUCUCCCAGGGACUUCGGAGUUGGUGCCCUUCCUGCCAACAAGAGGGAAGCCGGUGUCCCCGGGAGAGCCUGGAGCAGGUGCCGAGAAGGGCGCUGAGCUUGCAGAAGACCUCCCCCGCUUCUUGCUGAGGUGUCUGGGUAACACACAGGGGCCAAAAUGUUGGAUGGCUGCCCAAGGACCCGCUGAGGCACAGAUUCUUCAGAGUCCCUUACUGAGAGCCAUGCCUGCGUCUGUGGGACCCACAUUCCUCGGGGAACAGACACUGAAAAUGGAGAGCUGUGUGAGCUGAGGAAGACGGCGGUUGCCUGGACCUUCCACGCUCCAGGAAGACCAUGGAGGAGCCUGUGCUCAUGCCUCGAGCGGACACACAGAUAUGGACGCAGAGCGAGAAGCCCUGCAGUGCACCGCCUACCCUGAAGUGCAGAGCUUCUGUCGGAAACACGGCUUGACGUUCGAGGUGGUUGAUCUGAGGUGGGGUGUCCCGAACACACAGGCCACUGACCACUUGACCACAGAACUCUGCUUAGAAGAACUUGAACGCUGCCAGAAAACAUCCAUCGGACCAGCCUUUGUGGCUCUCCUGGGCGACCAGUAUGGCCCCUGCCUGGUUCCCCAACGGAUCCAGGAGAAAGAGUGGGAAGCGCUAAGGGCCCAGCUAACCUCCAGGCCUCGGGAUCUGGAGCUGGUGGCCAGACAUUUCCGGAGGGACGACAACGCCAUCCCUCCCACCUACGUGCUGCAGCCUCCGGGCUCCGGGGAGGCACCAGGGCCUGAGGAGGCCACCUUGACCUCUGUCCUGCGAGGCGGAGCCCAGGAGGCCUGGAGGCUGGGCCUCAUCAGCCAGGAGCAAUGGAAGUGUUACAAUCGAUCAGUCAUUGAGUGGGAGAUUGAGCAGGGCCUCCUGAGCUCAGCACAAGGGGACCAGGGAGCGACCAUCUUCCUGAGAGAUGUACAGGACCUCAGUAAACACAUUUUGGAUGAUUGUUCUCUGAAGAUGGUGGAUCGGCUGGCGGAUGGCUGCCUGGACACCGGAGCCCAGAGUCUUCUCAGCGGCCUUAAGGAACGCAUAUUGGAUGCUCAGCCUGGAGCCCUAAAGUCCCACCACCUGCCCUGGAGCCGUGACCUGGUCAAUCCCAAGAACAAGGCUCAUGCCCGCUACCUGAAGGAGCUGAGUGAGCAGUUUGUGGCCAGGUCCAACCAUCAGAUCCUGGAGCAACUUCGAGAGCUGGAGUCAGCCAGACAGGAGCUGGACUGGCUGUACCAGGAGAUCCGCCACCACCUCUGGCGGAGUACAGAGUGCAUCAGGAUCUUCUGUGGCCACCAGGAGCUCCUGGCCCAGCUGGGGCAGCGGCUCAGACAGGAUGACAGCCGGCCCCAUACUCCGCUGGUUCUCUUUGGGCCACCGGGCGUCGGGAAGACAUCCCUCAUGUGCAAGCUAGCCGAGCAGGUACCAAAGCUUCUUGGCCACAAGACGGUGGCUGUCCUGAGGCUUUUGGGGACAUCAAAGAUGAGCCUGGACGCCCGAAGCCUCCUCAGGAGCGUGUCCUUUCAGCUGUGCUUGGCCUACGGGCUGCCACUGCCCCCAACCCAGGUCCUGGAGGUCCACGCCAGGGUGGGCCACUUCUUCCACACCCUCCUCCACACUGUGUCUCGGAGGAACUUUGAGUCCCUGGUGCUGCUCCUAGACUCAGCUGAUGAUCUAGAGCCCACAUGCCAUUCUCAGAGGGUCUCCUGGCUACCCCUCAAGUGUCCUCCAAAGGUACACCUCAUCCUCUCCACAUGCUCAGGCCAGCAGGUGUUACACACCCUGCAGCAGACCCUCAAGGACCCCAGCGCCUACUGGGAGGUGAAGGCCCUGUCUGGAUGUCAAGGACAGGAGCUCAUCCAGCUGCUACUGGCUGCAGAAAGGAGGACACUGAGCCAGGCUCAGAGGGACGUCCUCUGGGCCAGCCUCCCGGAGUGUGGCCACCCAGGGCGGCUAAGGCUGGCCUUUGAGGAGGCCCGGAAGUGGGCCUCCUUCACUGUGCCAGUGCCCUUGGCCACCACAGCUGAGGAAGCCACUCACCAGCUCUGCAUCCGCCUGGAGGAGACCCACGGGCAGCUGCUGGUGGCCCACGUGCUGGGUUACAUUGUGUCUUCCAGGUACGGUCUCUCGGAGGCGGAGCUGAAGGAUGUGUUGUCUUUGGAUGAUGAGGUCCUGCAGGUUGUUUACAGGGACUGGACACCGCCCAGCAAGGAGCUCCUGCGCUUCCCGCCGCUACUGUGGGUACGGCUCCGCCGGGACCUGGGACACUGCUUGACCAGAAGGCCUGUGGAUGGUUGCACGCUGCUGGCCAUCGCUCACAGACAGCUGUCCAAGGUGAUCCAGGUUCGAUACCUGUCUGGGCCUGAGAGAUCCAAGAGACAUAGCAUGUUAGCUGAAUUCUUCUCUGGAGCCUGGAGCCAGGGCACCAAGAAACUCAUCACCCUGCCACGCGUGGGGAAACCUCUAAACCUGGACCGCAAGGUGGCCCCACAGCCACUGUGGUUCUCGGGCACAGUCGCCAACCAGAGGAAGCUGACAGAACUGCCCUUCCAUCUGCUGCACGCGGGCCGCAUGGAGGAGCUGAAGCAGGAGGUGCUUGGGAACAUGAGCUGGAUCUCCUGCAGGGGCAUCUCUGGGGGCAUUGAGGACCUGCUGGGUGACUUUGACAUGUGUGCCCCUCACAUGGACUCUCCUGAGGUCAGUCUGGUCAGAGAAGCCCUCCAGCUGUGCCGCCCUGCUGUGGAGCUCCGGGGCAUGGAGAACAGUGUCCUGUACACCGAGCUCCUGGCCAGGCUCCUUUUCUUUGCUACGUCGCAUCCAGCGAUGAUUGGGCAGCUGUGCCAACAAGCCCAGAGCUGGUUCCGUGCCUGCCCACACCCAAUGCUGGUGCCCCUGGCAGGAUUCCUACAGCCACCUGGUGGAAGGCUUCGGGCCACUCUCACUGGAUGUCACAAAGGCAUCACCGCUGUAGCGUGGAGCUUGGAAGAGAAGCUCCUGGUGGUGGGCACCCAGGAUGGCGUCAUGGUCGUGUGGGAUGUGGAGGAACAACAGGUGGUCCACGUUCUAACGGGACACACAGCUGAGGUAAAGUGCAUUCAAGUGUUUGCCCAAGGAACUCUCGCCAUCUCUGCAUCAAAGGACCGUACCCUGCGCCUGUGGAGCCUGCUCUCUGGCCAGGAGAGAGUCACCAUUUUGGACAGAGGCUCACCAAAUCCCACAGAGCCUCAGAGCUGGGACCUCCACGUGGAUGAGAUAAAGAAAGUCAUAUACCUUACAACUAGUGCAAAGAUCAACAUGUGGAGUCUGGAAACCGCAAAGCUGGUUUUCUGUGUCCCGGGAGAUGCCUCUGAUCCCUGGGCCUGUGUGGCGGUGCUGGCUGCCCAGGGCACGCUGCUCACUGUGUCCAAGGGUGGCCAGGUCAGUCGGUGGAACUCAGCCACAGGGAAACUUCAGGAGAAACGGCAGUUGUCCGGCAUCAAGGAGGAGAUGCCCACCUGUGCCGUCUCCAUCCAGACACAGGCAAAGCUGGUCACUGGUUUCAGCAGCGGCUCCAUCUCCCUGGUUUCCUCUGGAGAAGACAGGCUGCUGGAGAAGCUUCCGGAAGCCGUGGGGUUCCUGGUGGUGUCUGCAGACGACUCCGUUCUCGCCGCAGGCUUUGGAAGAUCUGUGCGGAUUUUCUUGGCUGACUCACAAGGCUUCCACCGGUUCAUGGCCACGGAUCUGGAACAUGAGGAUGUGGUGGAGACAGCGGUUUUGGGGCCUGAGAACAAUGUGAUCAUCACUGGCUCCCGGGAUGCACUCAUCCAGGUGUGGAGUCUGUCAGAACAGGGGACCCUGCUGGACGUCCUCGAGGGCGUGGGCGCCCCUGCGAGCCUGCUGGUCCGGGGUGGGACUCUGGUGGUGUCUGCAUCCUGCAAGUCUUCGUCUUUAAAAGUCUGGGAUCUCGGGUCCACUCAGAAGCCGAGGUCUCCUGCUCCCUUUCUGGACCGCACAGGCCUGGCUGCGGUGUCCCAUCAUGGCAGCUACAUCUACUUCCCCAAGGUCGGGGACAAAAACAAAGUCACGAUUUGGGACUUGGCAGAAGGUGAGGAGCAGGAUUCUCUGGACACGUCCAAUGAGGUCCGGUGUCUGGAAGUGGCUGAGCAGUCCAAGCUCCUCUUCACAGGCCUGGUUUCAGGGAUCGUGCUUGUGUUCCCCCUGAAUUCCAGACAAGAUGUGCUGUGUAUCCCCCCGCCUGAGGCCCGCAAGGCUGUCAACUGCAUGUCCCUGAGCAAGAGCGAGGACCGGCUGGCCAUCGCCUAUGACAACAUCGUGCUGGUGCUGGACAUCAGCCCCGGGGACCCAUGUCCCGCCAUUGAGGGCCCUACCUACACCUUCUACACCCAGCUGCCCGAGACCAUAGCAAGUGUGGCCAUGCUGGCCGACUACCGCGUGCUCUACGGCAUGACUAACGGCGGCCUCUUCCUGUAUGAUUGUCCACGGUCCAAAGUGUCCUCCCUGGAGGCUCACAGGAGCAGGGUGAGCUGCGUGGAGGUCAGCCACGGGGAGCAGCUGGCAGUGAGCGGAGCCGAGGAUGCGCUGCUCUGUCUCUGGGACCUGCAAGCUUGCAGGGGGAUGUUCGAGAUGAGCUAUGAGAGCUCCUACUGCAGAGGGGUGCGGUGUGCCUGCUUCUCGAAGGACGAUAAGUACGUUUUCGCAGGCAUGAAGGACCGCUCCAUCAUCGCCUGGAGUGCGCUGGACGGCACCCUGCUGGCUGUCCAGUUUGUCCACGCUGUGGUCAACCGGAUCAUCCCCACCUCCAAUGGCUUCAUGGCCCCCACAAGCCACGGCUAUCUCAUCAGAGAACGCUUCCAGUGCCCAUCAGCUAGAGCCUCCCAGCAAGACCCUCUCAAGAACUUUAAGAAAGCGGUGUGGUUGGUCAAGAGCAAGCAGAGGGAAGAGCAGCUGGCUGCAGCGGAGGCCUCCCAGGACACAGGGUCAGUGGCCCAGGAGGGGAAGGAGUCAAAUAAGCGCUCACAGGUCUGCCUGAUUCUGUGAAGGCCCAUGGAGCCCAGGAAUGCAGUGGGGUAGCCUUGACCCAUCUGGUUGAAGCAAACUGACCAACUCGGCUGGUGCCAUGUGGACCCCAGGCCUUCCUCUGACAUCUUCCAUUUUCUCACCUCUUUUCCUGUGGGUCCUCAGACCUGCCCUCUCAGAUAGCAGCCACCUGCAUGUCCCACCCAACCCAUGACCUUGGAUCAAAGCCUUGGCUCUGCCUCAGUUGGUCCCAGUGGGUACAACUCUCAUCCUUGAGCCAAUCACUGACCCAGUGGAGGGAGAGCGACACUGUGUGGCAGAGACUUCGGGGACGUGGUGGGCACUGCCCUGUCCUGGAUGGCAGUGACCACCCAGAAUCCGUAUGGCAAAGCCAGCCUGGGUUACAGGUCUUUCCUUUUCCGUAUGUGAAGCCAGAGUCCUGGACUGUCACACCACGCACACACUCGCCCUUUUGAAAGUGGUGAUUGGCACACGUGGUCACAGUUAGCCUGUCUGUAGCUCCUGCUCUGACUGUAACUCAAAAUGCAUGUACAAAAUCCACUCUAGCUGGUUGGCAGCUUAGCCUUCAAUCCCAGCACCCAGGAGCCGGAGACAGGCGGAUUCUUGUGCGUUCGAGGCCAGUCUAGUCUAGAGUGAGUUCCAGGACAGCCAGGAAAGAGAUCCUGUAGAAAAAAAAAAGGGGGGGGGGAUAAAGAAUCCACCAGGGCUAGGGCUGGCUCAGGGCUUAAAGCAUCUGCAGUCCCGGUGUGAGAACUGGAGCCCUCUCCAACCCUCAGAACCCUGCAGGCUCAGCCCCAGAAUGUGGAGACAGGCUGUUCUCAUUCAUUCUGUUGCUGUGACAAAAUCACUCUGAGCAAGAGCAACUGCUGGGGAGCACUUCCAGGCCCCAGGCCCCCACCGAGGGAAGCGGGGGGGGGGGGAGAGGGGGGAGCUCAAGCAGGAUGGAAGCAAGAUGCUGGCCAUCGCACACAGCAGGACCUCUGGCCAGGGACUCACUGGCCAGGGAAGGUCAGCAGUGUCCUGGUCACUGUCCUGUUGCUGUCAAGAGACAGCUCAUUUAAAAAGAAGCAUUUCAUUGGGCUGGCUCACAGUUUCAGAGACUUAGUCCAUUAUCACUACGGCAGGGAGCCUGAGGCAUGCAUAGUGCUGGAGAAGGAGCUGAGGGGUAUAUUAUGAUCUGCAGACAG